GCACGUGUGGGUUUGUUCUUCCGCUUGCCGAUGUCGCCGGAUUGGAAAUGUGAUUCUUGUUUCAUGAAGUCUGGGUGUUUGUUUUGAGUGUGAGAAAAUUAUGGAUGCCCUCAUUGAUGAGUAUGGGGGCAUGACUCCCCAAGAACUCGCAGCCCCCGUUAAUACCAUAGAGGAGAAAUGGAAGUUACUACCGGCCUUUCUAAAGGUGAAAGGACUGGUGAAACAGCAUAUUGACUCAUUCAAUUAUUUUAUUAAUGUAGAGAUAAAGAAAAUCAUGAAAGCCAAUGAAAAGAUUACAAGUGAUGCUGAUCCCAUGUGGUAUUUGAAAUACCUCAAUAUUUAUGUUGGAAUGCCUGAUGUCGAGGAAAGCUUCAAUGUGACCAGACCUGUGUCUCCUCAUGAGUGCCGCCUGAGAGACAUGACAUACUCUGCUCCUAUUACUGUGGACAUCGAGUACACCCGGGGGAGUCAGAGGAUCAUCCGCAAUGCCCUGCCCAUUGGGAGGAUGCCGAUCAUGCUGCGCAGCUCCAACUGCGUUCUGACAGGGAAGACGCCUGCAGAGUUCUCGAAGCUGAAUGAGUGCCCUCUUGACCCAGGAGGCUACUUCAUCGUGAAGGGUCAAGAGAAGGUCAUUCUCAUUCAGGAACAGCUGUCUAAAAACCGAAUUAUUGUGGAGGCCGACAGAAAAGGAGCAGUGGGGGCAUCUGUGACCAGCUCCACCCAUGAGAAGAAAAGUAGAACCAAUAUGGCCGUGAGGCAGGGAAGGUUCUACCUGCGACACAACACUUUGUCCGAGGAUGCUCCGAUUGCGAUUAUCUUCAAGGCCAUGGGGGUGGAGAGCGACCAGGAGAUCGUCCAGAUGAUCGGGACAGAGGAGCAUGUGAUGGCAGCCUUUGCUCCCAGUCUGGAGGAGUGUCAGAAAGCACAGAUCUUCACCCAGACGCAGGCCCUGAAGUACAUUGGGAAUAAGGUCCGGAGGCAGCGCAUGUGGGGGGGUCCGAAGAAGACAAAAAUGGAAGAAGCAAGAGAGCUGCUGGCUUCCACAAUCCUGACCCACGUGCCGGUGAAGGAAUUCAACUUCCGUGCCAAGUGUAUUUACCUGGCUGUGAUGGUCCGCAGGGUGAUUUUGGCUCAGGGGGAUAACAAGGUGGAUGACAGGGAUUACUAUGGGAACAAGCGUCUGGAGCUGGCAGGACAGUUUUCUUUUCUGAUAUCUCUGUUAUUUUUUUCCCAGUCUUUGUUUGAAAAAUUUAACUCUGAGCUGAAGAAGAUUUCAGACCAGAUCAUCCCAAAGCAGAGAGCGGCACAGUUUGAUGUGGUGAAGCACAUGCGACAGGACCAGAUCACCAAUGGCCUGGUUAACGCCAUCUCCACCGGUAACUGGUCGCUGAAGAGGUUCAAGAUGGAUCGUCAGGGAGUUACCCAGGUGCUGUCGCGGUUGUCCUACAUCUCGGCGCUGGGCAUGAUGACCAGGAUCUCCUCGCAGUUUGAGAAGACCAGGAAGGUCAGCGGCCCUCGCUCCCUGCAGCCAUCGCAGUGGGGGAUGCUGUGUCCCUCGGACACCCCUGAAGGAGAGGCCUGCGGUCUGGUUAAAAACCUGGCCUUGAUGACGCACAUCACAACAGACAUGGAAGAUGGGCCAAUUAUCAAAUUAGCCUUUAACCUCGGAGUGGAAGAUGUAAACCUGCUGUGUGGAGAAGAACUGUCUUACCCCAGUGUGUUCCUAGUCUUCCUCAAUGGUAACAUCCUGGGAGUAAUCAGAGAUCACCAGAAGCUGGUGAAUACCUUCCGCUUGAUGAGGCGUGCUGGGUUCAUUAACGAGUUCGUGUCCAUCUCCACAAACCUGACUGACCGUUGCGUCUACAUCUCUUCCGACGGGGGGCGGCUGUGCAGGCCCUACAUCAUUGUGAAGAAAGGAAUGCCUGCUGUGAAAAACAAACACAUCGAAGAGCUAGCCCAAGGAUACAGGAAUUUUGAAGACUUUCUUCACGAGAGCUUGGUGGAGUAUCUUGAUGUGAAUGAGGAGAAUGACUGCAGCAUAGCACUUUAUGAACAUAUGAUCAACAAAGAUACCACACAUCUGGAAAUUGAGCCCUUCACCCUCCUGGGAGUGUGUGCAGGUCUUAUUCCAUACCCCCAUCAUAAUCAGUCCCCCAGAAACACAUACCAGUGUGCUAUGGGGAAGCAAGCUAUGGGAACAAUUGGCUACAACCAGAGGAACAGGAUCGAUACGCUCAUGUACCUCCUGGCCUAUCCGCAGAAGCCCAUGGUGAAGACUAAAACCAUCGAGCUGAUUGAUUUUGAGAAACUGCCUGCGGGACAGAACGCAACAGUGGCAGUGAUGAGCUACAGUGGCUACGACAUUGAGGAUGCCCUCGUCUUAAACAAAGCCUCUUUGGACAGAGGCUUUGGAAGAUGCCUGGUGUACAAAAACGCAAAGUGUACUCUGAAGAGGUACACCAACCAGACCUUUGAUAAGGUCAUGGGACCAAUGCUGGACGCAGCUACAAGAAAACCCAUCUGGAGACAUGAGAUUCUCGAUGCUGAUGGCAUCUGCUCCCCAGGGGAGAAGGUGGAGAACAAGCAAGUGCUGGUGAACAAGUCCAUGCCUACCAUUACCCAGACUCCACUGGAGGGCUCAACCCAGCCCCAGCAGCCACAGUUCAGGGAUGUGCCCGUCACGUACAAAGGCUCCACCGACUCCUACAUUGAAAAAGUGAUGAUUUCAUCCAACGCCGAUGAUGCCUUCUUGAUCAAAAUUCUCCUGCGACAGACCAGAAGACCUGAAAUUGGAGAUAAAUUCAGCAGUCGUCACGGCCAGAAAGGUGUGUGUGGCUUGAUUGUUCCCCAAGAAGACAUGCCUUUCUGCGAUUCGGGAAUCUGUCCUGACAUCAUCAUGAAUCCUCACGGAUACCCGUCCCGUAUGACGGUCGGGAAACUCAUUGAGCUCCUGGCAGGGAAAGCUGGAGUCCUGGAUGGUCGAUUCCAUUACGGCACAGCCUUUGGUGGCAGUAAAGUAAAGGAUGUCUGUGAGGACCUUAUCCGCUAUGGCUAUAACUAUUUGGGAAAAGAUUAUGUGACAUCUGGCAUCACUGGAGAGCCUCUGGAAGCAUAUAUUUACUUCGGUCCAGUUUACUACCAGAAGCUGAAGCACAUGGUUCUGGACAAGAUGCACGCCAGGGCCCGGGGUCCAAGAGCAGUUCUUACCAGGCAGCCCACGGAAGGGCGUUCCAGAGAUGGUGGCUUGCGUCUGGGAGAGAUGGAGCGAGACUGCCUGAUUGGGUACGGAGCCAGCAUGCUCCUUCUGGAAAGGCUGAUGAUAUCCAGUGAUGCUUUCGAAGUUGACGUCUGUGGCCAGUGUGGAUUGCUUGGCUAUUCUGGGUGGUGUCAUUAUUGCAAGUCUUCGUGCCACGUGUCCUCUCUCCGCAUCCCGUACGCCUGCAAGCUGCUCUUCCAGGAGCUUCAGUCCAUGAACAUUGUGCCACGGCUGAAGCUGUCCCCUUACAACGAGUGAGACCGGGAGUCACUGAGCCCGGAACAGCGGCAGGAAAACUCGGAGCUCGCGGAGCGUAACCCCGUUCAAACCUUCCCGAGCACGUCGAUCGUCGUCGUCGUCGUCAGCUCGCCCGUCGUGAUUUUUUUUGUUCAUUUCCUGAAACGUAGGUCAAUGAGACUUACUCUGAAAACCGAACUGGAAGUAGUUCUGUGGCUGAUGGAGAUAUUUCUAAAAAUGUGGUUGGGGAGGGUAGGACCGUGCAGUUGCGGAUUUGCAAGAGCAGGGCCACCUCUCCUGUUGUCUUAUUGGUGAUCGUGCGGUACGACGGCGAAAUACUGCCAUGGCUGGUCGCGGCGCAUUGCGGUUCUUGCUUUGCCUUGACUUUCAUGUCAAACUAGAGUACAGUAAGCGAAGACUGAAAACUGGAGAAUGACUGUAUGCUAAGGGAAUUAAACACACCUCAUCCUGACGUUGGAGAGUGAAGAUUACUGUAAUACAGUAAGCAACUGUAUAUUACUACGUAUCUUAAAAAAAUGAUAUGAAACUACCGCAAGAUGAAAAUGUAAAAACUGUGGUAUUAUUGUUUUUUACCUUUUCAUUUGUGUAUAGUUAAAAUCAUUGCAGAAUUUACUUUUGUCAAAAGAAAUGGUUAUUGUGAACUGAUGCUAUCACAGCAUCUUAACAUAAGGAAGGUUAGGUUUUUUUAUUUUUUAAAUUGUCAGCACAGUUAAGUUCAGGGUUGCAUCGUGAGUGACUGGGCAGACUUUGAACAGCUGGGACAGCUGGGAUAAUUUAUUUUUGUGAUAUAAACUUUGGAUGAAUGAUGAGAAAUAAAACAUUUCUCAAUAUAUCUACAAAUAAAAGUGUUAAGUUUUUUUUCUGCACCAAAUAGCUUUAUGUAUUUCUUUAUGAAAUGGUAACUAAAUUUGUUUCUCAUUUUCUGUUUUUGUGUUUACAGUGAAUAAAAGUUACUUAUAACCAUAUUGUAGUGAAACAGUUGU